AUGCCUUUCAACACUGCCUUGACCCGCAAGCUGGGCAUUCGUGUGCCCGUCGUGCAGGGUGGAAUGCAGUGGGUGGGAUACGCCGAGCUGGCCUCGGCCGUCAGCAACGCCGGUGGCCUGGGUCUGCUCACUGCUCUCACUCAACCAACCCCCGAAGACCUGCGCAAGGAAAUCCGACGAUGCCGCGAAAUGACCAAAUACCCCUUCGGUGUCAACUUGACCCUCCUUCCCGCGAUGGUGCCUCCCGACUAUGGCGCAUACGCCCAAGUCAUUAUCGAUGAAGGUAUCAAGAUCGUCGAGACCGCCGGCAAUAACCCGGGCCCGGUUAUCAAACAGCUGAAGAAGGCCGGCAUCAUCAUUCUCCACAAGUGCACCACCAUCCGCCACGCCAAGUCCGCCGUGAAGCUAGGCGUGGAUUUCCUGUCCAUCGAUGGAUUCGAAUGUGCCGGCCAUGUCGGCGAGCACGACAUCACUAACUUCAUUCUCUUGAGCCGUGCGCGCCAGGACCUUGGUGUGCCCUUCAUUGCUUCUGGAGGCUUCGCGGACGGUCAGGGUCUGGCCGCGGCGCUGGCUCUUGGUGCUGAGGGUAUCAACAUGGGAACUCGAUUCAUGAGUACCGUCGAAGCUCCCAUUCACCAGAAGAUCAAGGAGACCAUCGUCAACGCCCAGGAGACCGACACGGCCCUGGUUCUGCGCCGGUGGAAGAACACCUCCCGCCUGUUUGCCAACAAGGUUACCCAGGAAGCAUUGAAGAUCGAAAAAGAGAGCACAACUGGUGACUUUAGCGAAGUUGGCCCUUACGUGAGUGGCAAGCGUGGUCGUCAGGUCUUCCUGAACGGCGACCCUGACUAUGGUGUAUGGACUGCUGGCCAGGUCAUUGGUCUGAUUCACGAUAUCCCGACUUGCAAGGUCUUGCUUGACCGCAUUGAGAAAGAGGCCCUGGAGGCCAUGAACAGGACCCAGUCUCUAUACACCCCGGCUCCUGCCAGCAAGCUGUGA